AUGAAAUCUGCGAAAGAAAUUCUUGCUUCUCUACGAAGGGAACCGUUUUCUCUCGAGACUGACGAGAAACUGGGAAAUCAUCGUGUAGUCUUAGAGGCAAGAGCUGGUACACUUCCUCUCAAAGUCGUGGAAACAUUUCUCUGUGAACAGUACCACAUCGUAGCAGCCGACACUCGCAGCAUGGAACACUUGGUCUCUAGGUUCGAAGGCAAUGAUGUUAUCCGCGAGUACUUCAAGUAUUUUUAUGAAGGAGAAAAGCUGGCCCACGGAAAACUUCUAGCCAUGGCACAAACUAUGGGACUUUCCGAUUCGAAUCUUGAGAACUACGAGCCUCAAGCCAAUGCCCAGGGAUAUCCUUCCUAUCUUUGUCGCUUAGCUCAUUAUGGAGAAGCCCCACAAAUCGCAGCGGCUGUGGCGGUCAAUUUCCCCGCUUUUGGUCAAAUGUGUUUGGCUCUGGAAGAUGCUUUGAAGAAAAACUACAAAAUGCAAGAGGAAGACCUGGAUUUUCUUCGCUUCUUUGGCGCUGGUAACCUUGAUGAAGGGGCCAUGAAGGUCAUAGAGGCCUACCAUGCUAACGACAAAGGCAAACUAAAUGAAAUUGAAUACAAGGACAUAAGAAGAGCAGUUCGUCUCCUGCAAGCUUAUGAGGUCAUGUUCUGGGACAGCGUGUAUGACUCUUCCACUUGA